AUGAUCUCUACACCCGGGUGCUCUCUCCGUCAACACUUAGAUAGGUACCCACAAUUAGCAUUAGAUAUCCCGCGCUAUCGCGCCGGGGCGUGCGCUUGCCACGCGCGAGUCAUGGAGGCGGGCGUCGGGCGUGGCUCCGGCUCGCUAUUGGCCGUCGCAUGCAAAUGCGUGCGCCGCCUGCGCCAGCGCAAUCUCGGCCGCUGCCAUCGCGGACCCACCAUUGUUUCAGAGCAAAAACAAGUGAAGCUCCGAGCUCGUUUGUCGGGAACAUGCACGCGCAAAAACUGA